UCUAUCUACAAGGUUCAAGCUCCGCCCCCGAAAUACGAGCUGUAUCGACAAGACGGCCAAUGACUUACCCUGUCUGUCGGCCACGAAACCUCGUAACUAAGCCUCGCAUGCUUCGCGUCAGCCCCAGCGAAGAAACGACCCCGCAAACAUCCAUCAUCAGAACGCGACAUCCCAGAAGUGCAUCUCAGUCAGUCGAUAUUGCCAUUCCAUCUUCGAAACCCUUUGGGCGGCCGUGAUUUUCCUGUUGCUAUCGUUAGAUCGGCGGAAAGUGAUUGAUUGAGGCGUCAACGAAUGUUGCAGCCUGCCGUGUGCACAAGGCUAUCGAAAACAUUACCAUGCCCUAUACACGCCCGAACGACAUAGAAAAGGGAUCCAACCCGCAGACUAUGCUAUUACAGGCGAGGCAAUCUCACAUCAGUAAAGAUGCCAUCCGUCACCUUGGUUCCAAAGCAGGCAAGCCUCAGCCGAAUUCUGGACACCGGUCUGACUUGCGGCAGCCAUCUUUAUCAGAUGGGGCUCGGCGGAGCAAAGAGGAACAAGAUAUAACGUUGCUCGCUCAUAAUAAUGUCAGAGCUGUUAUCCAUGAGCUGAAGAAGGAGAAGAAUAGGUAUGGGUAUAGGUGCAUACGGUGUCUGAAAAUCUUUGUGCGAUAUAUGGAUGUUAAACAACACGUUCAGUUAAACUGCGAUACUCGUCGCUACAAAUGUUGGCGAUGUCGAGGGACAUUUUGGGAUUGGGAGAUGUUCUGGGGCCAUGGUCCUGAAAAUUGUGGAGGACUAAUUCCCCCUUUCAACGAUAACGGAGCUCAUGCGUGCUACCAUUCCCGAGUCUGUUAUACUAGAGAAGAGUGUAAAAGGAUUCACGAGAAGAAUUCCAGCACUGGGAAAGACGUCAAGCAUGGCGCGACCAGUCCCCGCGAUCCUGCCUAUAAUAUGAAACGCAACAGUUCCUCGCGGGAGCGCCCGAGUUCGAAUAUAUCCAAUCGAUUAUUGCAAUCUUCAACGACGGGGUCCAUUGAAGAAAAAGUCACAUACCCUGAGCGCCCCGCAAAACAACUUAGAAGCCGCCCUGAUGGAAUAACGCCUGAUACCCAACCAAACCAGCCAUUCGACUAUCCACCUUCCCACCAACACUGGCCUGAUCCCUCGAACGCCAGCCCUCCAAACACCACCCAUCAAUCCAUACCCAUGACUUCUCCACUGGCACAAAAAUACUCAGAUCCUUACCCCUUGGAUAACGAAUUUCCAUCUUGGAAGGACUACAACUUUCAUGGCAACUCUUCUGGCCCGCCUCGUCCAGUUUCCCAAGCAUCGUCCUUCGGCAGCGCAAACAGCGGUGUCUCGCACCCACCGCGCGAAAAGGGGAAAAGAAGACACGUUAUCGACAUGUCUUAUAGUCAGUUUGAAGCGGAGAUGCAACACGGUGAUGGGUCGAGACAUAAUUCUGGGAGACCGUGGAUCUAUCGCGAGUUCAUUGAGAGUUUGAGCCUGGUAGAAGGGGAUUAUGGUGAUGACAGUCUUAAGACACUGACUGAUAAACAAAGAGAGGAGAGGGAGAGUCGUUGGUGGGAGGAGUAA